GUGCUCAUAGAAUGUCAUCCCCGUUGCCAAAAUAUCAACGGGCGUGUGCGUGCGCGCGCUAUUAAAACGUCUGAUUUAGCUAAUCGCCGCCAUUAAUUUACCGCACUCGCUUUUUCACCCUUGAUAGUUUGAAAUAACGUCAAGAUCUGACAAAUUGUGCGGUGGUGACGGAAGGGUUAAAUUCAAAUUAGCAUUGCCGAGCCUCUCUGUUUCCACCCCUGCUAGCCCGGCCCAUCGAGAGUCGCCAGCCAAUGUCAUCGCAGCGGUUGGCUUUUCGGUGUGUGUGUGUGUGUGUGUGUGUGUGUGUGUGUGUGCUGAGCUAGCCGCGCUAAGCUAGCAGCACCGCAUCAUCUUCCGUCCACCAGCUGGAGCUUUCACUCCAGUUUCCACUCUGCCCCUCUCUCGUCUAUCUCAUACGUACCCCCCGUGUGCGAGAGUGUGUGUGUUUAAGCUCCAAAAAACAUGGCGGCCCUCAAAGCAUUUUGCAGAGCGGAGAAUUUCCUCUUCAGAAACCUCUCAGGUGCCGGCAGAGCAAAAUUUAUCGUCGCUCGUCAACAAUUGAGCAAGACCUGUGGCUGUUACUUUUCCACCUCCAGCCAGAGAAGCUCACAGUUUUACUCAGAUCCUACUGAUGCAGUCAAAGAUAUCCCAAAUGGAGCUACCGUCCUGGUGGGAGGCUUUGGAUUAUGUGGUAUCCCAGAGAAUCUUAUCAACAGUUUACUGAAGACUGGCGUGAAGGGUCUCACUGCAGUCAGCAACAAUGCAGGAGUGGAUAACUUUGGCCUGGGCCUGCUGCUCCAGACUAAGCAGAUCAAGAGGAUGAUCUCUUCAUAUGUCGGGGAGAAUGCAGAGUUUGAGCGACAGUACCUGGCAGGGGAGUUGGAAGUGGAACUGACACCACAGGGUACUCUUGCCGAGAGGAUCAGGGCUGGGGGUGCUGGGAUUCCAGCCUUCUUCACAGCCACCGGCUACGGCACAUUGAUCCAAGAGGGAGGCUCUCCCAUUAAGUACAACAAAGAUGGCAGCAUUUCUAUCGCAAGUGAGAAGAGAGAGGUAAAGGAGUUCAAUGGCAGGCACUACAUCAUGGAAGAAGCCAUCACGGGAGACUACGCACUGAUCAAGGCAUGGAAAGCUGACAGAGCUGGAAACAUUGUUUUCAGAAAAACAGCCAGAAACUUCAACCAACCAAUGUGCAAAGCAGCCAAAACCACCAUUGUUGAGGUGGAGGAGGUUGUGGAUGUUGGGACCUUUGCUGAAGAAGACAUCCACAUACCCAGCAUCUACGUCCACAGGGUUGUCCAGGGAGCCAGCUAUGAGAAAAGGAUUGAGAAACGAACAGUAAAGAAAAGCCAAGAAGCGAAGGCCAAACCAAAGAAGGACUCAGAUAUUGUUCGUGAAAGAAUCAUUCGCCGGGCUGCUCUGGAGUUUGAGGAUGGGAUGUAUGCCAACCUUGGUAUUGGUAUCCCCAUGCUGGCCAGCAACUUUAUAAAACCAGACAUUACUGUCCACCUCCAAAGUGAAAAUGGAAUUUUGGGACUGGGCCCAUACCCCACUGAGGAUGCAGUUGAUGCAGACCUGAUUAACGCUGGGAAGGAGACUGUCACUGUGCUCCCUGGGGCUGCCUACUUCUCCAGUGAUGAGUCAUUUGCCAUGAUUCGAGGGGGUCACAUCAACCUGACAAUGCUGGGAGCUAUGCAGGUGUCAAAACAUGGAGACCUAGCCAACUGGAUGAUCCCAGGUAAGAUGGUGAAGGGAAUGGGAGGAGCCAUGGAUUUGGUGGCUAGCGCUGGAACCAAGGUUGUGGUCACCAUGGAGCACUCAGCUAAGGGGGGAAAACACAAGAUAUUGGACACAUGCAGCCUGCCUUUGACAGGGAAGCAGUGUGUGGAUCGGAUCAUCACAGAGAAGGCUGUGUUUGAUGUCGAUAAGAAAACAGGCCUGACUCUCAUAGAAGUGUGGGAGGGGCUUACUCCCGAGGAUAUCAAGGCAUGCACUGGCACAGAUUUUGCAGUGUCUCCCAACCUGAGGGCUAUGCAGCAAAUCUAGAGGAGCUUGCGAAGGAUCUGGGAAAAGCUGCUGAAGAGUCAAAUACGAUCAUAAAACACAAAUGCUUGGUUCAGUUCCCUGGUAAUCAGCACGCAAAUAUCAGAAGGAUUUACUUAUCCCUAAUUAUUGGACACAUUUCUUGGUUCUCUAUUGCGCGAUUAAGUUAUUCAUUUUUACUAAUAUUUGUGCAGCUAUUACCAAAUAUUUUUCAAAUGUUUGGAAGAGAAGGGAAUAACCAGCUAAUGUCUAUGAAGUAGUUUGAGCUGAACCAAUUGUCCUUGGAAUAUACACCACUGUUAAAUAUCUUUUCUUUUUUUCUCUUUUUGGAUAAAUGAGGGAGAUGUAAAAUAUAAUGUGCUGACUGUUAAAAAGUGUUUGUAAUCACCUCUGCCACAGUGGCGAACUGUUUUCACUCUGCCUCAUUAAUCCAUCAAUUUUGGUUGGCAUACACUUCGGCCAGAAAACACAAGGCCUUAACAUUUUCUACUUACACCUUUGCUGUCCCCUUUGCCUUUGUAUGUAAAAAUAAAAUUCAACCUGCUGAGUGAAACAAGA